UCCUGUUCCUUUCAGGAUCCUGACGUUGUUUUCCUCUCAUGACGACAUUAUGAUGUGAAAUCAGUGUAAUAUGAAAUUAAUGUAUUUACAGAAAACUGUCUAUAAAAGUUUUCAUUAACCCGACACUAUUACCCAGACUUUAUUACCCCGACAUCAUUACCCCGACCACAUGUAGUGAGCAGCACUUUAUUUUCACACAAACCCAUGAGAGCUUUAAUACAGAGAAACACAAACACAGCCUGAGCGCGCCGCUGCUUUGGUGCGCGCUCCCGUUACCGUGUCCGCCAUUUUAACUCCAAUAAACAUGUGAAAAGAUCGGAUUUAGCUUGUUGUCCUACCCCAGGACCCCGGAGCAGGAGUAGCUGUGUGUGUGUGGGUGGAGGACAGGUGAAGACACCUGGGUGGGGAAACUCACUGCAUUGUGUUGCAGCAGGACGCGAACAGCGCGCGCUCCCGACAUUAGUAUUGUUUAUUAUUCCUGUAGGUUUGGGGAGAAAACGUCAAACCAUCCGAUCUGCUGAAUCGGACACAUUACACGGACUGCUGGGGCAUUAAAGUCCCGUCUCCAGGCCACGGUCAUGUUCUGGAAGUUUGACCUCCACACGGCGUCUCAGGUGGACAAGCUGCUGGAGAAGGAAGACGUGACGCUGACGGAGCUGCUGGACGAAGACGAUGUGCUGCAGGAGUGUAAAGCUCAGAACCAGCGCCUCCUCCUCUUCCUCACUCGAGACAGCUGCUUACAGGAGCUCAUCCGCCUCAUCGUACACGAGCCCCCGAGCGACCGCGAGGAGAAACUGCGCUACAAGUAUGCCAACACGGCCUGCGAGCUGCUCACAUGUGACGUCUCGGUCAUUAACGAUAAAGUGGGUGGAGACGAUUCUCUCCUGAACGGACUUUACAGCUUCCUGGAGCAAGAUCCGCCUCUGAACCCGCUCCUCGCCUCCUUCUUCAGCAAGACCUUCGGCAGCCUGAUCAUCCGGAAAGCCGAGCAGACGAUCAGUUUCCUGAGGAAGAAGGAGGGAUUUCUAGCGCUGGUGUUGAAGCACAUGGACGCGUCGGCCAUGAUGGACUUCCUGCUGCGUCUCAUCAGCUGUGUGGAACCGGUUCAGCUCAGACACGACGUCCUCACUUGGCUGGAUGAAGAGAAGCUUAUUCAGAAACUGACUGGAUUAAUUCACCCUCACACUGAUAAUGAGAGACAGUCAAAUGUCUCUCAGGCUCUGUGUGAUAUCAUCCGCAUUGGUCGUGAUCAGGUUGGACUACAGGAGCCAACAGAGCCUGACCCCCUGCUGACCACACUGGAGCUACAGCAGAGUGUGGAAACUCUGUUAAAGAACAUGUUUGAGGGAGAGAAGAGUGAAGUCUGCAUCGUUUAUGGAACUCAAGUUUUGCUUGCUUUAUUGGAGACUCGUAAAUCAGGGGUGGAGUUGAUAGAUCCAGCAUCUCAGUCCCUGGAUCAGUUGUAUUCUGUAAACAACAGCAUCUUACUGGGCAUUGAGCCGAAUCUGAAGCACUACUGCCAUCUGCUGCUCAAUCCACCGAAGACGUGCAGCAUGUUGACGACUCUCGGGGUUUUGGAGGAGCCUUUUGGGAACGCUCGACUUCACGCCUGCAGGCUGAUGGCUGCUCUGCUCAACACCCGCGCUCCCAGAAUACACCAGGAGCUCUGCCGCCUCGACAUGAUCAACCUGCUCCUGGACCUGUUUUUUAAAUUCACCUGGAACAAUUUCCUCCAUGUUCAAGUGGAGCAGUGUGUGUCGGCCAUCCUCAAUCAGACGGCACCAGACGGGGUGGUGGAGGACAGUCCGGAGCCGAAAGGACUCGAACCCACGGCACCCGCUCCACAUGCAGAUGUAGCCAUGUUCUCACACCAUGAUCUACUCACACAUCUGUUUCAGACCUGCAGGCUGCUACAGCGGAUUCUCGACGGCUGGGAGGAGAACGAUAGAACACAGUCUGAGGGUGGCAUGAGGAGGGGUUACAUGGGGCAUCUAACCCGGAUAGCGAAUGCGGUGGUCCAGAGUGUGGAGAAAGGAGCUGCACAGAGUCACAUCACACAGCUAAUAAACGCUCUACCUGAGGAUUAUGCAGAACGUUGGCAGAAAUUUGUGGAUGAAACUUUAGCAGAAACCAACAAGAGGAACGCAGUGGAUCUGGUCUUUUCUGACUACCAGAUCCAGCAGAUGACGGCGAACUUUGUUGACCAGUUUGGAUUUAAUGAUGAUGAGUUUGGAGAACACGAUGAUGGGAUCAAUGCAGCGUUCAAUCGAAUUGGAGGAAUUAAAUGUAAUCUGGUGGAUGAAGGCCCGAGCACAGGGAUGUUUCAGUCCUGCACUAAGGAGAAAAUCCGUCCGUUUGAUGAUGCUGAUGAGGAAGAGGACAUUUGGGAGGACAAAGAAAUCAACUAUGCAACUCAAGUGAAAUCUAGAACCAGGUUCGGAGUGACGCCGACGCUGAGGAGCGAUGUGGAGGGCGGGGCUCUGAGGCGCUUGGGGUCACCUGACCUGGAGUGUUUUCCUGACUGCAGACAGAUUCUGGAUAACAACAGGAGUGAAGAUGGAGACAAGGACAGCAGCCUUCCACAGAGUCCAGGUUGGGUGGCGAGUUUUGAGGAUGAUUUUAACUUUAAGGCAGACUUUGCGGGCGUGGCCAUCGACAGCGGGUCCGGCGUGUGGGGCGGAGCUACGGUCCCUCUAAACGACAGCGAGGAUAAAGGCUGGGCCACGUUUACAGACUUCCAGCCCUUCUGCUGCUCAGACUCUGGAGCUCGCUGCAGUUCUCCUGUUGACUCGGAGAACUCUGAGAAACAGGACCAGGAUAAAGGCGCUAGGGGAUCUGCAGCAUGUGUGUGGAGUGUGUGUGGAGCAAGGAAAGCUCCUCUGGUGGCAUCAGACAGCAGCUCCAGCGGCUCUGACAGUGAGGAUGAGGAAGAGAGGAGCGACAGCACCGGUGACAAGGAGAACGUUACAGACAGCAAAACUGAGAAAACACUCUUUAACCGAGAUGCAGAUGCUAAACCUUCAGGCGUCGUGGCUGAACCUCCUCCAUCAGCGGAGCAGAAAGCAGACUGAAGGUGAAGGUGGAAAACUCCAGCUAUAGUGGUCCAAUGAAAACGCUCUUAGAGUCUCCUCCCGGUGUUUAUGACAUCAUCACUGCCCCGCCCACAACAACACACAUCCGUUUCCACCGAGCGUGUUAAAGUUCUGACUGUGGAUGAAAAGACGGCCGAGCGUCUCAGCCGAGAAGCAGGCUGCGGCAUUCAGGCGUAAUAAUGCGGAUUACUGCAGUUAUAAUGUGUAGAAACAGAAGAACAGCUAAAACCUAGCGUUAGUGUGGCUUUAUAUCUUACAGCUACGUGCACUGGCUCUUUAUAACACAUUCACAAAGCAAUGCUGGAGUCUCUAUAACAGGUUUACGACGCUUCUGUUUAAUCCGAGUUCACGAAGCUUCAUGAGAUUCUGUAACGAGACGAUUACAGAGAACCAGGAGGAGCGGAACACGUCAAGCGUCAUUCGUUUAUCGUUUAAGAACAAAAAGUGUACAUUUGUAAACGAAAUGUAAAAAAUUUUUAUUUCUGUUCUGAUUUACUUUCUGUAUUAAUUUUUAUUUUUUUUAUUUUUAAUUUGUAUUUUUGAUCAUAUAUUAAUUUGUACACUAACGGGAAAAAAAUUGUCCUGAAUUUGAGUUCAUUUAUUAUUUUUUUUUUUAUUUCAUGGUCCUCAGAAACUCUUCAGUCCUUCUUUAAACAUCUUCCGUUGAGGACGUAACUAAGACAAAUGACUCUAAAAAGUAAAAACUGUCCACAAAAACGAACGAACUGCGUUCAAAAAGAUUAAAACGUACAAGAAGCGAACGUAAACGCUAGAUGUGUUUUAAUGAGAGAGGGUGCCAAGACUUUUGCACUGUGCUAUAUUGGGGGGGUGGGGGGGGGGUGGGGUGGAGGUGAAUAUCAUUGUGGUGAAUAAUAAAUAAAUAAAUAACACUUAGUAUUCUAUUAGUCUCUUUCGAUCUCGCCUCCACAAGCUCAGAACAUCUACUGUAGGACCUUUAGAGUUCUUCUGAAGUUCCUCUGAGAGAACGUCGUGUUCAGGAUAAAUUUACCGAAACGUAAAUGAAAUGAAGACGCUUUCGGUGAAGAAAGACGACUUGCUGUAAUGUGGACAGCGAGUUUAUAGAACGGUUAUAAGAGUUUAUAAGAGUUCAGGUGCGUUAUCGAUGACAAUAUUCUCCUCUUUAUAAGAAAAUGUAACUCCAGCUCUCUGGGAAAGGAAACUGUGGCUCUGGGGUUGAUGUGGAUGUCUUUCAACUCAUAAACAGUGCACAGCGUUAUGAAUGUGUUAUAAAGACCCCAUGUACGUGGACUGAAUAAAAUGAAUGUGCAAUAAG